AUGAGAGGAAAAGAAGACGAAGAAGAAGAAGAAGAAGAAGAAGAUGAUGAUGAUGAUGAUGAUGAUGAUGAUGAUGAUGAUGAUGAUGCUGAUGAUGAUGAUGAUGAUGCUGAUGAUGAUGACGAUGAUGAUGAUGAUGAUGAUGAUGAUGAUGAUGAUGAUGAUGAUGAUGAUGAUGAUGAUGAUGAUAGUGAUACGAGCAUGACGUUUUGA